AUGGAUAAGCCUCCUCCUCCUUAUUAUGAACCAAGUGCACCAUAUCCGGUCGCACCUCCCUAUUCAUAUCCGCCUAAUCCACAAAGCAAUCAGCCACCAAAUAUUGGUUUUGUCGGAAGUGCUUAUCAGCCGGUAGCAGCUCACACUUAUAAUGUGCCUCCAACGACAGUCGUUGUUCAGCCGACAGCAGCUGGAGCAGUCUUUCAUCGAUCUCCUGUUGGUACCACUUGUCCUUUCUGUCAUAAUUAUGGUAUGACGAGAGUUGAACUAGAAUCUGGAUGUUUACCGUGGUUACUUUGCGGAAUCAUGUGUUUCUUUGGAUUGUUUUGGGGUUGUUGUUUAAUUCCAUUUUGUCUGGAUUCUACAAAAAGUGCAAGACAUUACUGUUCAAGUUGUAAUCGUCAGAUUGGAUAUUACAGUCCAAUGUAAAAUUUCCCCUGAAUUGUUGGCUUUUUGUUUUCAAUAGAUGACAAGUCAAAGAAAGUUGUUCUUGUUGUUUGACUGAUGAAAGUAUCCGACAAUCAUUUACAUAUAUAUAUAAGCACCAUAAUCAAUUACAAAUCAAGUAAUCAGUAUAUAAACAAUAUUUUCAAGAUUUUAAUCACUCCAAUAUUCGCAAAUUCACCUGUUUUCAAGGAACACAAAACACUACUUAACUAACAUGUUUAAAAUUUGUACAAUUUCAGUAUCAUAAAAAUAAUCAUUAUUGCGUGUGUCG